GAAACGAGAAAAUACGAAGGAGCAAGUCGCCGGAUGGACUCGAUUAUAUUAUAAUACUUCCUUCGCUUACGCUCGGAAAGCGAAAAUGUUUUCUGUUCUGACACGAGGCUAUCGUUUGAAAAUGUGGGUUCUUAGUAGUGAAAUUCGUCCAACUUUCAACAUUUCCCGCCAGCCAGAUACUGGACUAAAUAUAGCUCGAGUACUACGUGACGCAAUGGAUUACGAAUACGAAUUCUACGUAGACGACUUAAAGACAAUUCAUCGAUUUAGACAGUGAAGGAGCACAAAAAUAGGAAAUGGCCUUCCACAUUCUUCUUCCUACGGUUCUAGCUUCCAUCAAGGCAGGAGUUUCCAUUAUAGGUGCUGGGAAAAUUGCCAUUUUGCCCUUUUUGCUGGCUGCCUUGGCCUAUUUUCACUACGAUCAAUUUGAUCCGGAAAAUAAACCAGUCGAUCGUAAGCAAGUGGAUCAUGAAUAUGACUUUAUAGUGGUUGGCGGAGGGUCAGCUGGUUCUGUUAUUGCCAAUCGUCUGACUGAAAUUCCAAACUGGAAAGUUUUGUUGUUGGAAGCUGGAGGGCAUGAAACCGAAAUUUCAGAUGUGCCUAUUUUAAGUUUAUAUCUGCACAAGAGCAAACUGGAUUGGGGAUACAAAACUGAACCCCAAGACUCCGCUUGCCAAGCCAUGACUGAAAAGCGUUGCUCCUGGACCCGUGGCAAAGUCCUCGGUGGCUCAAGCGUUCUCAACACCAUGCUCUACAUCCGAGGAAAUCGCCGUGAUUUCGACCAAUGGGCCAAAUUUGGCAACGAAGGCUGGUCAUACGACGAAAUCCUCCCUUACUUCCUGAAAAGCCAAGACCAACGGAACCCCUACCUUGCCAAAAACACCAAAUACCACGCAACUGGUGGCUACCAGACCGUGCAAGACAGCCCCUACAACACUCCCGUGGGAGUGGCCUUCCUCGAAGCCGCACAGGAAAUGGGUUACGAGAUUCGGGACGUGAACGGCGAGAAGCAAACCGGUUUCGCUUUUUACCAGUUUACGAUGAGACGAGGUUCGAGGUGUAGUACCGCGAAAGCAUUUCUUCGGCCUAUCAGAUUAAGAAGGAAUCUCCACAUUUCUUUAAGAUCUCACGUGACCAAGGUUUUGAUUGAUCCUAACUCGAGGAGGGCGUAUGGGGUGGAAUUUAUAAAGGAUGGGCGUAGACAAGUGGUGUUUGCGAGGAAAGAGGUGAUUUUAUCUGCUGGGGCUAUCAAUUCGCCGCAGCUACUCAUGUUGAGUGGGGUGGGACCUGCGGAGCAUCUCCGGGAGAAGAAAAUUCGUGUUAUCCACGAUUCGCCGGGAGUAGGGCAAAAUUUGCAAGACCAUAUCGCUGUAGGUGGAUUGGUCUUCUUGAUAGAUCAUCCAAUCAGUCUCCUCAUUAACCGUCUGGUUAAUUUAAACACUGCCCUUCGAUACACUCUCAAGGAAGAUGGUCCUUUAACUUCUAGUAUAGGUUUGGAAGUUGUGGGUUUCAUUAAAACUAAAUACACCAAUCAGAGCGACGAUUGGCCGGACAUGGAGUUUAUGGCGACAAGUACCUCAGCCUCUGCGGAUGGUGGUACUCAAGUCAAACGUGCCCAUGGUGUGUCUGAUGAGUUCUACAACGAAGUAUACAAAGAUAUCAACUACAAAGAUACGUUUGGCAUCUUCCCCAUGAUGCUAAGACCCAAAAGUCGUGGUGAAAUUAAACUAAGAUCGAAUAAUCCUCUCGAGUACCCUCUUUUGUACCAUAACUAUCUCACAGAUCCUCACGAUGUGUGGGUUUUGAGGGAGGGAGUAAAAGCUGCUAUUGCAUAUGGGGAAACACAAGCCAUGAAAAGAUUCGGAGCAAGAUUCCACGCCAAACCUCUUCCAAAUUGUAAGCAUCUGCCGCCACUUACAGAUGAGUACUGGGACUGCGUAGUACGACAGUACACGUUAUCAAUUUAUCACUAUUCCUGUACGGCCAAAAUGGGCCCUGCUUCUGAUCCUUACGCUGUGACAGAUCCACAACUACGAGUGUAUGGAGUGUCGGGAUUAAGAGUGAUAGACGCAUCCAUUAUGCCGACUAUCACAAAUGGAAAUCUCAACGCUCCUGUUAUCAUGAUAGGAGAAAAGGGCGCCGACUUGAUAAAAUACUACUGGCUGACGCCUACCACAAGAAAGAAAAGAAGUCUACGAGCAAUAUUUAAUAUGAGAUUAGGAGAGACGUGUCCGAAUAUCACUUCUGCGUAGUCAUUAACCUAUAAGUGUUAACUGACAAUUGAUACUGACUGGAAGUUCACUGUAAAUAAUGAUUAAGUAUUUAUUAAGUUGUUGGUUGUUAUUAAAGCUUGUCGUUCCUUUCACGAGUUCGUGUAGCUGAUAGUCACUAGAUAGGAACAAAUUCAAUUGCUCAGUAAAUGUAUAUAAUUGUGUAAAUAGACAUUUUAUAAUCUGUUUUAAUAAAAUAUGCGUUAAACGAGA